AUGGGCUGGAAUUUAGACUACAGCGCCAUCACUCCCGGCCCAGGAGGAACAGUCAUGCUCGGCGAGCGAGGCGGCGCCGAGGCCGUCGUCCGACGGGGCCAAGAACGUCGCAGACGGGAAAGGGAACUUGCGGUGCAGAAAGGGAAAGUGGUCGAUGAGACUAUGUCAGAGAGGACGCUUGUUCCAGAGUCGACACAGUCACAAUCUUCUGCUGGGGGGGAGGUGAAUCCGGAUCUUACUGCACAGAUCAAGGGGAAGGAUGAUGGGGAGAAGUCUGGGGAUUCUGAUGCUCCGGAGGUUAAUAGAGGGAAGAGUGGGUUACGGGCGAGGUGGAAGGAGUUUAAGGAGAGGAACUUGCCGUGAUACGGUAUACCGUUGGGGGUUGGGGGUUCUAUUUGCUUGAUGUUAUGAUACCUAUUUUUGUGUAUUUAUUAUGGAUUUAAGAAUUUUCAAGCAUGGCGUGG